AUGGCUGUCGAUAUCGUCGCAAUUAACGGCAAGAAAUACCGAAGCGUUCGGGAAGGAUUGGCGUCAGUACUCGCACCAUAUGGAGCCGAGAGCGAACCAGUACAGAUACUCUCGAAACAGGUCAAAAACAACGAUGAAGGCAACCAAGCAGUCUUCUACAAUCCUAUUCAGCAAUUCAAUCGGGAUCUGACUGUUCUCGCAAUUACCAUCUAUGGGGAAGGUGCUAUAUUACAGAAAUCAGCUCGUAGCAACCAAAAGCCCCACAGAAGCAAGCGAAAGAAGCAGCACGCGGCGACAAGUGGGGUUGCACAGAACAACCAAGAACCAAUUUCAGUGCAGGAAAAUCAUCGAAAGCGUAAAGUCGAUGAUGCCGAGGACGAAACUAUCACCGAGCAUGCCACCGACGGUUCAAAAAGACCCAAAGUCGACCAAGUUCCGGACGCAGAGGAUGAUCUCCCGGUUGCGCAAUUAAAUGGUGGCGAAGACUCUGUGCUACCCAAAGCAGACGCCAGCGACGGUCAGAAUAUUGAAGUACCUCUACCAGGGGUGCAGGCACUGAGGCAGACAUCACAGCCACUGACUGCCCCUUCACGCCCGACACCCUUCACCAUACUCGAUGCGUUAUCUGCUACUGGACUCCGUGCGCUUCGUUAUGCGAAAGAGAUCCCAUUCGCCACGAAUAUAGUUGCAAACGACCUGUCUCCUGAAGCUGUGAAAAGCAUUGAGCUCAAUAUUGAUCACAACGAAGUCAAGGGAAGGGUCCAUUCGAAUCUGGCAGAUGCUCGGGCUUUUAUGUACAGCAAAGUCGGCAAUGAGAGCAUCAGGCAACAGGAAGGGUACGUACAUCGCUUUGACGUUGUUGAUCUCGACCCAUACGGCACAGCUGCUCCAUUUUUCGAUGCCAGCCUACAAGCCCUUCAGGAUGGUGGCAUGCUCUGUGUAACUUGCACGGACGCUGGGGUUUUCGCCUCGGCUGGAUACCCUGAAAAAACCUAUGCUUUGUAUGGCGGAAUUCCCACGAGAGGUCCGCAUUCCCAUGAGACGGGCUUGCGGUUGAUUCUCAAUGGGAUUGCCGUAUCAGCAGCAAGAUAUGGCAUUGCCAUUGAACCACUGCUCUCGCUCUCCAUCGACUACUAUGCACGACUAUUCGUCCGAAUUCAUAAAAAGCCACAAGAGGUCAAACUACUUCCAGGAACAACAAUGAUUGUCUACAGCUGUGGCCAUGGUUGUGGAUCCUGGACGACACAACCCUAUCUGCGCAAUCAAAAACAGACAGCUAAAAAUGGCGAUACGUUUUACAAGUAUUCAUCUGCACAAGGGCCAUCUGCAGCUCCAAAUUGCGAUCACUGCGGCAGCAAGACCCAUAUAACAGGACCCAUGUGGGCUGGGCCGCUGCAUAACUCUCAUUUUGUGAAGCGAAUGGUUGAAAGAAUCCCCAGCCUUGACAAGUCUGUUUACGGCACUACCGAUCGUCUCCAAGGAAUGUUGUCUAUGGCGCUAGAGGAGGACUUUACACCUCAACCAGAACAUGUGAAUGGAAAUGAGAGUCAUGUGACUACGCAGAAUUCAAUCGGGUCUCCAGAUGCACGCAUCAUUCCUCGGAUUUCGCCAGCGUUGGUUGAUCCCGCCCCAUUCUUCAUCAUGCCAACGUUAUUGGCUAAAGUCAUACAUUGCAUGACGCCCCCUGAAGAUCUGUUUCGAGGCGCACUUCGAGGCCUUGGCUACCGUGUUACACGAUCUCAUUGUAAACCAGGAAGUAUGAAGACAAACGCUCCUUUCGACGUCAUCUGGGAGGUCGUACGAGAGUAUAUGCGGACCAAGGCUCCGAUAAAAGAAGGCGCGGUCAAGAAAGGAACUCCAGGAUGGAACAUCUUGGCCAGGCUUCGUGGUACAGAAAGGCUGUUGGUAUCAGAACUCAAGGACAGUAGCAAAGCACAGAUCGAAAGAUGUGAGUCGAAAGAGGAUCUGAAAACAGUCUUGCAAGGAAUGUUGUAUCGUCUGGAGAAUGAGAAAGAGGAGGAUUCUACUGCUCCUAAAGAAACCCCAAACCAGGCGGACGCAAUGAGUGGAGACCAAGCAAUCGUCGAAAAUUCUAACUCCAUUUCGAAUGGUUCGAAGGAGACUCCGGACGAUAUCACACCCAGCAAGCUUAAGAUCAUCUUUGAUCAAGCGCUUGGCAAGGAUGCAGGCCGUGGCAAACUCGUGAGAUACCAGGUAAAUCCCCGAGAGAACUGGGGUCCUAUGAGUCGAGCAGGAAGGACAACAUGA